AGAUGGCGGCUCGGGCAAGCACCGCGUUUUAAGCUCUUGCUCAUUUGCCCCGAAAUUUAACUAAAGUUUUAAAGUGAUUGAGUGUACGGCUGUAUAUAAAGUAUUUUGAACAUUUUGUUAACCGACUGAUACACUAUAAGUUCCAAGUUUAAGGUAUACGCGAAGUUAUUUUGCCGAAAUGCCGAACGGGAAGGCCGAAUCUAAAUCAGCCGCUAACGUUACACCAGCCCAUGCCAACAUGGAUCAUGAUUACACGCCGAUGGAUGCUACAACUAGUAGCAGGACGAAAAGGAAAGUUUCCCCUGGUACACCAACUGAAAGUACAGCUCCUCCUUCUAAAGUUAAGUCGUCAAAUGAUUCAUUUGAUAUUCCAAACGCGUCUCUUGUUGAAGCUAUAGAAAAGCUAACCUUUAAAAUUGACAGCUUUGGUGACCAGUUAAGAGAAAACUCAGUCAUGGUUGCUAGCAUCACCAAACUAGUGGAGCUGAAUGCCACUGAGAUCAAAGAAUGCAAAGACAAGAUACAAGCUGUGGAAAAAGAAGUGCCUCGUAUUGUAAAGGAAAACAAGGAGCUGAAAGAAAGAGUCAAUGAGUUGGAACGUUACAGGAGACGCUGGAACCUUAAAAUUCAUGGCCUGAAAGAAAAAGACGACGAAAAUAUCAGAGUCGUUGUCAUGAGAAUCCUGUCCAAAUUAGCACCGCAAUGGGAGACAUCCAUGGAAUCGAUUGUUGAUUCUGUUCACCGCAUAGGGAGAAAAGAAGAAGGGAGAGACAGACAAACAAUCAUCCAGUUCACCAUGCGAUUCCACCGGGAUUCCUUCUGGAAGCUGUCCAAAAACUCUAGGAUUUGCAAAGACUUGGGUAUUCACUUCAAACAGGACUUUUCUAAAGCUGACAGAGAAGCUCGUGCAGCGGCAUGGCCGAAAAUGGAGCAAGCCAGGGCGGCUGGACAGAACGUGUUCUACAAGGGACAUGUGGGCUAUAUCAACGGAUUGGAUCCCCAAAAUAGAUGAGCGUUUCAAAGAUGUGUGUGAUGCAGACAUCAGUAUGGAUGAAGUUGAAAAAGCCAUGAAAUGUUUACCACUAGACAAAUCACCUGGUUCAGAUGGAUUAACAAGUAACUUCUAUAGACAUUUCUGGGAGCAUAUAAAAGACCUAAUUUUUCACAUGUUAAAAGAAAUUUCUGAAUUACACAUUUUACCAACAACUAUGAAGCAAGGAAUUAUUACUCUCAUCCCCAAACCUGGGAAAAAUCCAAAAUUAAUAGAUAAUCUUAGACCCAUAACAUUGCUUAAUAAUGACUAUAAAAUUUUAACUCACAUUUAUGCUAACCGAUUAAAAACUGGUAUUUCACAGAUCAUUUCUGAAACACAGUCAGGUUUCUUAAAAGGGCGUUCUAUUCAUAAUAAUAUACGUCUGGUGCUUGAUUUACUGGAUUAUAGUCAUUUCAUUGAAGAUGAUGGCUUUAUUUUAUUUUUAGAUUUUUUUAAAGCUUUUGACACAAUUGAACACACAUUUAUGUUUCGCACUUUAGAACUAUUCGGUUUAGGUGACAAUUUUAUUAAUAUGGUCAAAUUAAUUUAUAAAGAUACUAAUAGUACAGUAAUACUACCAAUGGGAACAUCACCAAGAUUUUCAGUUAACAAAGGAAUCAAACAAGGUUGUCCUAUCUCUCCCCUGCUCUUUAUUGCCGCUGCAGAAAUGUUAUCCAUUCUUAUUAAAAAUUUAGAUUUUGAAAAAUUGAUAGUAUUAGGAAAACCCUUAGCCAUUAGCCAACUGGCUGACGACACAACCAUUUUUAUGAAAAACAUAAACCAAAUUCCAAAAAUUCUUCAAACUAUAGAGCUUUUCUCUAAAGCAUCUGGAUUAAAUCUAAAUCUUAAAAAGUGUGAAUUAUUACCUAUUCAUAAUUCCCCUCACUCAUCCUUUUGCAAUAUUCCUAUUAAAAACACUGUAAAAUAUUUGGGUAUACACAUUACAAAGGAUUAUAAUUCACUUAGUACUCUUAAUAUCUGUAAUAAUUUAGUGAAGUGUAAAUCUCUUUUGAAUUUAUGGUCUCAAAGGGAUAUUUCUAUUAUUGGUCGAAUAUUUCUAACAAAAAUGGAAUGUAUCUCUAGACUUGUCUACCCUGCUUACUCACUUCCGUUUUCUAAGAAUGAAAUUAAAGCUAUAAACCAAGCGAUCUUUAACUUUAUCUGGAAAGGUAAAACACACUACAUUAGAAAAGGGAAUUUGGUUAAAGAAGUUGAAGAAGGAGGGCUUAAAGCUAUCGACAUUGAAUGCAUCAAUGCCACCAUUAAGACCAAUUGGUUAAGAUCCUUUUUGAAAAAUGAAAAUAGUUUUUGGUUUUAUAUCCCUAGCCAAGUCUUUUUGAAAUUAGGAGGUAUUAAUUUACUUCUUAGAUGUGAUUAUGACCUUAAAAAACUCCCUGUUAAAUUGUCAGUGUUCCAUCAACAGGUUUUACUUUAUUGGAAAUUGAUUUAUAAGCAUAAUUUCAGUCCCCAUAAUGUCCCUCUGUGGAAUUGUAGAUAUGUGGUAUUUAGAAACAAGUCUAUUUUCUAUAAAAGUUGGUGGGAGAAAGGUAUAUGGUCGGUGAUGCAUAUCCUCAAUAAUAGUGGUGUUAUGUCUUUUGAAACUUUCUGUUCAAAGUAUAAUUUAUAUGAUAAGAAACUAUACGAUAAUAUGAUUAAAGCUAUUCCACUAUCUAUAUUUCAGAUGUCUCAAACCCUUUCUCAAAGCGAUGUAACCCCUGUCCUUCCUAAGCUUUUGGUAAAUGGAGUUUCUCUCACUAACCUGAUUUUACCAAACACUAUUAUUCGGGAUGCUUUUGUCAAAGAAUUAUAUCCUUUUUAUUUGAGUAAACAGUUAAUCUUUAAGUACUUUUCCAAAACUGAAAUUAAAAUUUUGAGAACGAAAUACUUUAAAUUUCCACUUGCACCGAAAGCUAAGGAGGUUCACUUUAAAAUUAUCAAUGGAAUAUAUCCCUCCAGAGAAUUUUUGAGUUGUCGAUUUGGGCUUGAGGUUAACAAUUGUUCUUUUUGUACUGAUCAAAUUGAGACAACAGAUCAUAUUUUCUUUGACUGUAUUUAUGCCUGCGCCUUUUGGGAGGACUUUCAUUAUUGGUUGUUUCCUAAAUUUGAAGACUUACCUGUAUUUAAUAAAGAAAAUGUAUUAUUUGGUAUUUUUGUGAAAGAUGGAACACAUGACUUUGCAAUCAAUUCACUUAUUAUUCUUGGGAAAUUUUUCAUACAUAAAAACAGAUUUCAGAGAACAAUUCCAAGGUUUCUAAUAUUUCAUAAGGAAUUGUGUAAUUAUUUCUCUUCAUUAAAAUUAAUGAAGAAAAAAUCUGCCAUGAAUCUGUGUUAUCUGGUGGAAACCCUUAAUCUUACAGAAAACCCCUAGUGUCUUAUUUUUAUUUAUUUUUAUUUAUUAUUUAUUUUAUUUUUUUUGUCGUGUGUCCUUUUAUUUAAUGUUUACAUUUUUGUACCAUGCUUGUCUGCUGUGUAGAAAAUUGUUUGUUUUGUACCAAGCCUUUUUGGUUGUAAACUGACUUUGUUAAAUAAAGAUUUAAAAAAAAAAAAAAAAAAAAAAAAA